AUGCAGGCCCUUGACCAGACGGGAUUCGACGACCCCUACAUGAUCUUUCACCAAGGUCCUACAUUUAACGAGGAUUUCGAGGUCUACAACUGCGCUCCCAUCGGCCUCGCCAUGGACGAGGGGCGCAUCGCCGCGGCGAUUCUAGAACUCGUCGACCGAAAGCUCGACGUUUUCCCCACGGUGAGCAACAACAUCGGCAACGUCGAUGCGCCGUUCGACCAGAGACAGAUGGGUUGGCAGUUUGACAAGCGCCUGAUUUUCUGGGAAAUCAUGAAGCAGAACCCUCAGAGCAUGGCCGAAUACUGGAACAAACUGAAGGCCAGGUUGAGCAAGACCGACUCGGACAUCGUCUUGGCCGUCCUGCGAUAUCACUAUGCAGAGUCAACUUUGUUCCAGUAG